ACCGUCGCAAAAAACAGUAUACGUAGACACUUCCUACAUUCAAAUGACAUUUGAUUAUUUUCGUCACAUUUUUAUUGUCAAUAUUUGUCAACGUCAACACAAGAAAUAUUUUCUACAAAAAUGAUAUUUUCAUAACCAUAACUGAUACAAAAUUAAGACGAAAACAUGCAAGCCUUAUCAUCUACACCGCAAAUUGAAGCCGAUAGACGGCUUUUAAACUUUAAGGACUACGAAGAUUACCUCGACUCUUUAGUCACACCCAUGGAUAAAUGUUACCUAAGAAGCACUAUCGUAUCGAGGAACAUAGCUGAGCUAGGCUACAGGAGCUCUGGUUUGACCUUAUCGAGAGAGCAGUUCAAAAAGCGAGUUGCAGCUGUUAUAAUGUUUUUGUCGCCCCCCUAUAAACCAUACGAACUGUGCAGCGAAGGCCUUAAGGGGGGAGACCCUAUUAUGACGGAACUUGCUUUAAGGGAACGACCAAACAGGGUCGGGAUUUUAUCGACAAUUAUUUUUCUACGAAUGGUAACAAAAACAGGCAGAGAAAUAUCUGGUUACAUAGAUUACCAUCAUAGAUUAACAACGACUGACUUUAAACCGUUCUUUAAAAGCGGCAAGAAGAUUUAUCCAAAACCUACGGAUUUGGGUUUUUAUCAUUGGGGCAAAAAAGUUCUUGUAAAUGAUUCUCUGAACUACAAGGCACUGAUGGACCCUAGCAAAGGCUUGAUUUUUCAGAACCGUUUCGACAGAAAAAUAAUCAUAGUAGACCCUGACAGCGACCCUGGUAGCAACACGAAGAAAAAACGUAUAUUUUCGAAAAUGUACGAACAUGUGGUGCUUUUUGAUCAUGUUGUUAGACAGAGAAUAUAAAAGUCAC